AUGGAGGAUCAGUUUUUAUUUCAUAUAGAACCAAUUGGAAAAAUCGAUGUAAAUGGAAUUAAAUUAAUUUUAAAUCAUACAGAGGUGUCAAAUGAAUAUAAUGAUUCUGAAGAGACAACUAGUAGAGAUGAGGAUUCAGAUAGUUAUAAAAGCAAUUCUUUGACAAGAAAUGAAGGACCAAAAUUAAAACCAAAACCAAAGUAUAGUAGAGAUGAUGACAAUGAUGAUGAUGAUGAUGAUGAAGAUAUGGAGGAUGAGGAUGGUGAUGAGGAUUCAGACUCUGAAUAUUCAGAUAUUAAAAAUGAAUCAAUCAUUUCACCAAUAUCAACACCAACUUUAACAUCACCAUCAUCGACUUCAUCAGGCGAAGUUGAUAACUGGUUAUCUAAAAUGUCGGCAGAUAUAACAUCAGAUGGACAGAUAAUGGUAAUGGGUGGAGGCGGCAAUGGUGCCAUUGGUACUGGUUUAGCAUUGGUAUUACAAAAAAGAGCAAACUCUAAUGAAUGGAGAACGACCAUCACACUAGACCACCAAACACAGAAUGGAACCGAUAGAAUUACUUCAAUUCAAUUUAUACCAAUAGAUUUGCCACAACUAAGCUAUGUUAUUGGCAUUGGUUAUGCAUCUGGUUAUUUAAGGGUCUUUUCAAUUCAAGGUAAUUUAUUAUUGUCUCAAUUAUUUUAUAAUAAACCAGUUUUAAAAAUCAAAGUUUCAAAUAGUCCAACAUUACCAAUUGGAGAAAUAAAUCACAUACAAAAAUAUAAUGUUAAUGAACUAACAUUGAUAUACCCCGAUAAUGUAAUUGUAAAUAUAUCCGGUAUAACCUUUUUAUCUGUAGUUCAAGUAUGUUUUAAUCAAAUUCAAAGAGGCGGGGGCGGGGCAAAUAGCGGAAAUAAUAACCUAUCAUAUAAAAAGUGGACUAUGGCAAGUUCGGUAGAUACAGUCAACGACGUCACAUUUUGUGGACCAUUUUUAGGGUCACCAUUCAGAGCAUUACCAUAUAGUACAUCAGAGCAAUCAAUGGUAAGAUUAGUGGCAGUUGGUAGUAAUCCAAUGGUAUCAUACUACUAUCCAACUGAAGAUGGUGGAUCAACAUUUUCAGUUAUGAUAUCAUCGGUUGCAUCACGUUUAACUACAGCAAUGUUUUCAUAUGCCAAAAACUGGUGGGGCGGUGGUUCAUCCCAACAACAGCAACAACAACAACAGGAAAAGCAACAACAAGAGCAAGAAAGACAACAACAAUUAAAAUUACAACAAGAAAGACCAGUACCAUUAUUACAACGUUGGGCAAUUUCAGAUUAUAAACGUGAAAUUCAAACAAUACUACGUGAUCCCAGUGGGAGAUAUGCCGUAUGUACUGAUAAUAUUGGUCGUGUACUACUAUUAGAUUUGGUUAAUAGCUUAAUAGUAAAACUAUGGAAAGGAUACCGUGAUUGUCAAUGUGGUUUUAUAAAUGUAACAGAAGAAAAUCAAACUGAUCAAGAAAUUGAUAUUAAAAACAAUAAUAAUAAUAAUAAUAAUAAUAAAAACACAUCAGCCAAUGAAUCAGAGGAUUUAGAAGAUUUCAUACCUAGAAAGCUUUUAAAGAAAUCAACAAAUGCUAUACAAUCACGUACAUUUUUAGUAAUAUAUUUGGGCCGUAGAGGUAUUUUAGAAAUAUGGGGAUUAAAACAUAGAUCAAGAGAAUAUUUUAAAACAAUUGGUCAAGGAUGUAAAUUAGUAUCAACUUUAAUACCAUCACAAUUUCAAAAUAUCAAUACCAACAAUAUUAGAAAAAGUGGCACAAAUAUAAAUUUGCAAAGUUACAGUAUAAGCGAAGGCCAAUCCCAUUGUUUUAUUUUAUACCCAGAUGGCUCAAUUAAAGAGAUUAGAUAUAAAAACUAA